UGUUAAGCCGUCAAGUUGUGUGCGCUUUGAGUUUGGCAGGGCAUUGCGAUUUAAAUUACAGCAACACAAACCGGUCUGAAAAAAUCCCCUCAAGCUUCAAACGCUGUAAAGUGAAGACUGAGCUGCUGUGUAUAGUUGAAGAUUCCGUAUUAUAAUUGACUAACGUCAAAAAUGAUUUGAGUAUUCUUAUCUAAAUUUAGAUUUUUCUCAAAAGAAGCAAAUUAUACGGAUGUUAACUUUAAAGAGGCGGGAACGCUAUAUUUUUAAAUGAUUCAGUAGCGCUAUCAAACUACACUAUAGUUCGCUGAUCGCAGUGUAGAGUUUCAAACAGAUACUUGUGAGUCAAAUAUCGCAUCCCUUGGACACAGAAAUCAUUCCUCCUGAAUAUAUUUCACUAUCAAACGGUGUCGGAGAAGUUGAGAUCAGAAAUCCACACUGAAUUGAAGUUUCAAAUUCUCCAUUAACAUUUCUCUCGAGAGAGAGAAUAUAUUUAGACUGCAAUAUUUAGUCCACAUCAAUGCGAGUAGUUAGUUAUCAUAGUAUUAUAUUAUAUAAAAAAUUUAUCUGUGAGAGUACAUGGAACAGCGGUGGUGAGUAAAAAUUAUUCUUCAUGAGCUCCGGCGGUAUUCCUUCUCAAAUUGAGACUACCACAUUUGAGGAAAACGCUUUUUCAUGUAUGAAAACUGUUUAGAAACUCCGUCAAUUUUGAUGUCAGGACAGCUGUUGGGAAGGCUUACCAUCUAUCCUAUAUAUCUAGCUCUCUAAACUUAUAUAUAUUUUUUUUUUUCGAGGUUGUUUCAAAAGUUUGGUUCCUUUAAGCUUUCGCUGAACCAACAUCACAAAUUAUGAGCAGUCCAUUCAGUGAAUGCUCCAGUCACGGUCCUGUGUCUAUGUCUCCGCGUCUACUUACGCACUCAUGUUCGUCGGAUGCGGCUAGUACAACAACAGUAGCAACCUCGGAAGAAUCUUUGAAUAACUUUAUGCCAUCGCCUUCUAUGGACUCUGCAACAUCGGGCAUAUACUGUGACGGAACGCAAAGCUUACUGGACUUAAGAACGUCACCAGUUGCAUAUAGCCAAGAAAGUUUACAAGAAGCAGAAAUCACUUUAACCACAGCAAAUUCUACAGUUUACAGCUUGGCUAGAGCGAAUCUACUUGAAAGCGAGGAACAAUGCAACAUUUUACGACAACGUAUUACAGAUUAUGAAAUUAGAAAUUUCAUGCAGGUGUGCAAAAGUCCAGAAUUCUUUGAUUUCGACGUCGAACACUUGCUGCGUUUAGUAGAGCACGACGAUUUGAAUGUUAGCGCUGAAGCGGAUGUCUUCUGGGCCAUCCGACGUUGGUAUAAAUAUGACGAAGAUGCACGGAGGUGUCACCUACCCGAUUUGAUUGCUUGUUUACGGCUGACACAAUUUGAUGUCGAUUUUAUAUACUCGCAUAUCAACAAUCUACCUGGUUGUGAGCUACUGGUGAACAAGGCUGUGGAGUGGCUGCUACGACCUAGCGCACGUGGUACAAUAUCACUGCGCUACACGAAACCACGAAAAGUGCUACAAACUGAAGACGAGACGUACUGGAUCGUGGUGCAAACACGUGGCGAUCACAGGAUCGCGGACAAAUGCGUACUUCGCUACAACAAAGCUCUUAAUGAAUGGCAGAAGUGGACCGAUAUAAAAUUGGAACGCAGUAACUUUGCCAUAGUCCAUUUGGAGAACAGCAUCAUCUGCAUUGGCGGCUUAGGUCGUAAUACCAAGCCGAUCAACCAUGUUAAUCGCUAUAAUUUGAAUACACAAGCUUGGGAGCCAAUGCCAUCGAUGCAACAGCGUCGAGUUUACAUGAGUGUUGCGAUGUUGGACGGCAAAAUAUACGUCUUCGGUGGACAGGAUGAAAAAUACCAAGCUCUGAACACUGUGGAAGUGUUCGAUACGAUUGCCGGACGCUGGCAGAAUAUGGCUAGUAUGUCUGUACGUCGAGCCUCCACGGCUGCUGCAGUUUUGGAUGGCCAACUUUAUGUGAUCGGUGGCUUUAAUCGAGCGCAUUUACGGUUAGUUGAACGGUAUGAUCCAGCAAAAAAUAUUUGGACACAAUGUGCGGAAAUGAAUGAGGCACGCGGUUGGCCUGGAGUAGCUGUACACAAUGGGCAUAUUUAUGUGAUCGGCGGUUGGUUCAACGGCGCACUGCGGACGGUCGAACGCUACAGUUUGUCGGCAAAUAAAUGGACGACGAUAUGCUCCUUGAAUGUGGCGCGUGGUAGUAUUUGUGGACUGUCUAUGAAUGAGACACUUUGGGCCAUCGGUGGCUACGGUGAGGGCAUCCUUAGGGACACUGUAGAGGUUUACGAUGAGGAAAAUGAUAACUGGCUGGAAGAAAAAAUAUUACCAGAAGCUGGGCGUUACGUACGUUAAGUAUUGUAAAUUAGUGUGUUUAAACACAAGUGGAAACCAUGUAAAAUUAUUUUAAGAUGUUCGCAGUGCGAAGCACCUUAAUUCUUAUACCACACGUAAGCAGGGAGAAAGAAAAUUAUUUUGUGAUAUUAAAUGGCAACCCUGUUUAUAUUUUUUUUUUACCAUUUUUUUU